CACCUGUCAGUGUCCAUCAGUGCCAGCUGUCAGUGCUCCCAUGCCACCUGUCAGUGCCCAUCAUUGCCACAUUUCAGUGCCUACCAGUGCACAUCAAUGCUACAUAUCAGUGCCCAUCUGAGCUGCCUUUCAGUGUCACCCAUCAGUGCCACCUAUCAGUGCUGCCCGUCAGUGCCGCCUAUCACUGUCAGUGCCGCCUAUCACUGCCCCUCAUCAGUGCCACCUAUCAGUGUCCAUCAGUGCAGCCUAUCAGUGCCCAUCACUGCAGCCUCAUUAGCGCACAUCAGUGAAGAGAAAAAUCAAUUAUUUACAAAAUUUUAU